AUGACGUAUGGUUCAAAGACAAGGCUUGAUGGCAAUGAAUCAACGCAGAGUCUUAAAGAGCUCGGGAUGCUGCUACGGAACGAGUUGAAGAUUGUGACAAGGAGACGAGUCUCUACUGUGGACACUUUACCAACCCAUGCGAUACUACCAUCAUUCUCUGUGCCCUCAAUAUUCAUCGCUCAUAGUCUUGGAGGGUUGACUGUAAAAGAAGCCCUACUUCAAGAAAGUGAUAAUCCAGAACCUGGAACCAUUAUCCACAAUCUUUAUGGUGCGCUUUUCUUUGGCGUUCCGAGCCAUGGCAUGGAAACCACGGCCCUUGAAGCUAUGAUACGUGGACAGCCCAAUGAAUCAUUAGUAAGAUCGAUCAGCCCCGAGUCCGAGACUCUAACAGAUCUCAGUCAAAAGUUUAAGUUGAGGUUCGCAAGUGGAAAGCCAAAAAUAGUAUACUUCUACGAACUGGAAGAAUCUUGCUGCCCUAAGUUUGAAAAUGGCGAAUGGAAAAUGACAGGAACUCCCAAGAAAAUCCUUGUCAAUAAAGAUUCGGCUACAGAUGGUGGACGGUGGAUUGCAAACGUGAGAAUGGAACCCUUGAACCGGAACCAUUCGGACCUCGUAAAAUUCAGUAACCCAGAUGAUAGUGAUCUGUCACGGGUUUUGAAUGAACUGACGAAGCUCGUGGGUGAAGCAGAAUGUCUUUCUUCUGCCUAA